GAUAAAUGAUAUUAUACACGUAAAUUCACAGUUAACAGCUUCAUGCACAGUUUGCACAUUAAAUAUCAGAUAACUUAAGGGUGUUAGUUAUGCUAGUGUUAGCAGGUAGGAGGAGAUGUAUGUUAGCAAAGUUAGCUGCGCAGCUUAUCUGAGUCGUUUUUGGUUUCAUUUUGUCAUAUAUGACAGCGUACUUAAUCUUUUAGUUAACAUGUCAAGUUAAACAACCUAGAUAUGAUAGCGCCGCUAGCUUAGCUGUUAGCUCGACCCGUAAAGCGUGUUUGCUGCAGCUUUCCUUCUCCUCUCACUGUACCUGCACAGAUGUUACUCCUGGUCUGUGUCAGGCUGUGAUUCACUCAGAGGCUCGUUGUAAUCUCGCAUCUUGUCGAUGUUUCCAUUGACUCAGAGUUUCUAUUCCUCAGUGAGGAGGUCUCCAUCACUCUGUUUGCAUCAGGUCAUGUUCCUCCUGCCGGGCUGAGAAAUAAGACUUGCCACCACAGAAGAAAAGGAGCUCCUGCUCACUUUGACCACAUUAAGUUCCUGUCAUCUUUGAAGACCUUUUCCAGCGCCUGUUUCCUUCUUUAUCUUGGCUCUCUGUGCUGAAUCCAGAGAGCGAGACAGACUUUUUGAUAUCAUGUCUCAGAAGACGCAGGCUGACGGCGCUCAGAAACACUUCACCGUGGGUAGGGGGCUCCUGGCCGCUGCAGAAACCUUGAACUUCAGCAUGAACGCAGCGUCCCAACAGACCAAUGGGGGUGGGGUGGGUGUGGACAUGGCCAUGGAGGGCCAGGACGGCAGCGGGCAGAUGCCCCGACGUGGCGGCGGUGGCAGCAGUAGCAAUCUUGGCAGCACCAUGAAGCUGUUUGCCAGUUUGGGGCUGUCGCCCUCUGACCUGGACGCUCUGGCUGAAAUCCCUGAGGAGGAUAUCAGUGUGGAGACGCUGCCACACAUCCUCAGGCAGCUGAAGAGCCGCAAGGGGGAAGCAGGAGAGCGGCGGGCGGCCAUGUCCUCUGAUGCUGCGUAUCGAGGAGGAAGCUGGGAAGAGGGGCACGUGGGGAGGAUGGGCAAUUCUUCUCUGGGACAAGGUUCAGCCAAGUCCUCCACAGACUUUGGGUACAGCUCCCUGCAGGACGUCUCCUCCGGCCGGGGCUACGGCUUAAAUUACAGCGGUGGAGGUGGGAGCAGAGAGAGGCCAUACUCUGAGCUUUCCCACCGCGGUGGGCUCGGCAUGGGCCCGUCUGAGCCCGUCUUUAUGCAGAGGAGGAUGGGCUCCCCGUCAAACGGAAAAGUCCAAGACUUCUUGGGAGUCAUGCCCCCCAUGUUCCCCCACGUGUGCUCUCUUUGUGACUUUGACGUUCAUUCCACCAUGGAGUGGAACCAACACAUUAACGGCCUCUACCAUGCUGAAAACAGACGGCAGCUUCUUGACAUGUAUCCAGAGUGGGACCCUGGUAUGGGCCCAGGCAGAGGUGGUCGUCCCUGGGAGACCCCCAACCUGUCUGCAGGACUGCUGGGACCAGCCCCCAUGUCUUCAGGACCAAUGGCAGGGAUGUCCUCGAGCUGGGGUGGAGGAGGAGGAGGAGGACGUGGUCCCGGUCCAUUGGGACAGAAUAAGCUGAGGAGCAGGGUGGUGGUGGUGAAAUAUGAAAGGAAGCCUCUCAGCGACAAGACGCUGUUCGCCCUCGCCGAGUGCUUCGGCUGCCUGAGGGAGCACCUCAUCCUCAAGAACAAGGCUUUUCUGGAGAUGAGCACACAUGAAGAAGCUCUGGACGUGGUGAACUACUACCAGCAGCAUCCACUGUUGUUGUACGGCAAACCCGUCACCUUCUACCUGUCCCAGACCCUCAUGUUCAUCGAGAAAGACGAGCGACUAAUGGACCGACCGACAAAGCGGCCGGUGGACCGACCAGGGGACCAACUGAUGACCCGGCGGGUGGAGCGGACGAUAGACAAACCUGAGAAAGAGGUCAAAAGUCACGGCAGCAAGGUGGUUUUCUUUUACCACCUGCCCCGAGAGGACGAGAAGAAACAGGAGCUGCUGACCCUCGCCGAACGCUUCGGUGUGGUUGAGAAACACCUCUUCUUAACCGACCGGGCGUUUAUUCAGCUGGCAGCUGUGGAGGAUGCAGAGAUGCUGGUGAAGCAUUACACCCAGAACCCCCUCGUCUUCAAUGGGAGAAUAGUCCGUCUCAACAUCUGCACCAAAUACAAAACCCUCAAUGUGAAGCACAAACAGGGCGGAGGAGACAGUUCGAGCCAGAAGAAUGGCAGAGCCGAGUCCUCCAACUCCAGGAGCAGAGAGGAAAAGAAGGAAGAGGAGGAGAAGGACAAAGUGAAGAUGGUAAUACAGGAGGACGACGAGGAUGAGGAAGUGUCAGGAGUGAUGGAAGGAAGGGAGGACGGAGAAGAGGAGCAGGCACCUGAUGGCGAGGAGGAGGAAGAGCAGGCACCUGAUGGCGAGGAGGAGGAAGAGCAGGCACCUGAUGGCAAGGAGGAGCAGGCACCUGAUGGCCAGGAGGAGGAGGAGAAGGCACCUGAUGGCCAGGAGAAGGAGGAGCAGGCACCUGAUGGUGAGGAGAAGGAGGAGCAGGCACCUGAUGGUGAGGAGAAGGAGGAGCAGGUACCUGAUGGUGAGGAGAAGGAGGAGCAGGUACCUGAUGGCAAGGAGAAGGAGGACGAACCUAAGGGAGCAGAGUCUGUGAAGGAGACGGUAGAGGAGUCUGAGGAUGCUCAACAAGAGGAGGAGGAGGAGAAGAAAGAGGAGGAGAAGGUUACUGAUGAUGUCACCGAUGACACACCUGGAGACGUGGGUGAGGUCAAGCAGGAGGCGGAGUCAGAGCCAAAAACAGAAGCAGCACAAGCAGAAACCUCGGCCGAGGACCACAAGGGCAAAGGGGAGGUGAACAUGGAGGCGCUUGAGGCAGCAGAGGGAGAUCUACCCGAAGAAGAGCAGGACUUCCCAGAGAACAUGGAGGACUUUGUGACGCUGGACGAGCUGGAGGAAGACAACGACGAAGCCCACGGAGAGUCGGACGACAUCGACAACACGAGGCGAGGGGGUAUGAGGGUGGUGAACAUCGUCGGCUUCAGGCGAGGGUACCAGUACCUCAACGAGCUGCUGAGACUCGCCCAGCCUUUCGGGAAGGUGGUCAGACACCUGGUGCUGGACCUGAGACCCGAGGCGUUCCUUCAGUUCGCCACGGAAGAAGAAGCACGGGCAAUGGCCAACUUCUACAACGGGAACAUCACGGCGUCGGUGUGCGGGCGGCCGGUGAAGAUCAGUCACUCCAUGAGCUACCCCACCAUCCAGUCCGGUUCUAGCAAGGUGGUCUACAUCGGGCAGAUCCCCAACAGCAAAUACACAGAUGAGGAGGUCCUGAAGCUCGCCGAGCCAUAUGGGAGGGUCAAGAAGUACUUCCUGAACAGGAUCCGGAGAGAGUGUUUCCUCGAGAUGUACAAUGCCGAGGAUGCAGAGAAGAUGGCUGCAGAUCAUAAAGCGAAGCCGCUAAGAUUCAACGGGAAGCGCCUGACCCUCUACGUGAGCAGGAAGUACAAGCAGCUCAAACAUGGCCACAGAGUCCCGAGCACCAAGAAGAGAGCGAGUGAGAGCCCGCCACUAAAAUCCCCCCAUGACAGCGAGGAGCCUCCAGGAAAAAAGCUUAAAGAGGAGGUCAAACCAGAGGAUGAGGAGAAAAAGGAGGAGGAAGUGCAGAGCUGUGAUGUCAGUGGUGAAGAAACGGUGACGGACGAAAAUUCGGCUGCUAAGCUGAAGGACAGCGAGGACAUGGAGACAUCGACUAAUCAGAAUGGGCAGACAGAGGCUGUUCCUGUCGCUGCGAACAAAGCCAGCGCGGCGCCUCUGCCGCUGUACGAUCCCACCACACCCAUCGGUGUCGAACACGUGAAGACGGGGUUUUACUGCCGCAUCUGUUUCCUGUUUUACUCCAACGAAGACACGGCGAAGAAGAUGCACUGCAGCAGCCAAGCUCACUACAACAAGCUGCAGAAAUACCUGGAGAAGGAGCAGAGCAAAGCAGAGAAGAAGGCGCCGCCGACCAGGCUCGUUGUAAUCUCGCCUCUUGUCGAUGUUUUCGUGGACUCAGAGUUUCUCUUCCUCAGUGAGGAGGUCUCCAUCACUCUGUUUGCAUCAGGUCAUGUUCCUCCUGCCGGGCUGAGACCUUUUCCAGCGCCUGUUUCCUUCUUUAUCUUGGCUCUCUGUGCUGAAUCCAGAGAGCGGGACAGACUUUUUGAUAUCAUGUCUCAGAAGACGCAGGCUGACGGCGCUCAGAAACACUUCGCCGUGGGUCGGGGGCUCCUGGCCGCUGCAGAAACCUUGAACUUCAGCAUGAACGAGCAGCGUCCCAACAGACCAAUGGGGGUGGGGGUGGGUGUGGGCAUGAGCAUGGAGGGGCAGGACGGCAGCGGGCAGAUGCCCCGACGUGGCGGCGGUGGCGGCAGCAGUAGCAAUCUUGGCAGCACCAUGAAGCUGUUUGCCAGUUUGGGGCUGUCGCCCUCUGACCUGGACGCUCUGGCUGAAAUCCCUGAGGAGGAUAUCAGUGUGGAAACGCUGCCACACAUCCUCAGGCAGCUGAAGAGCCGCAAGGGGGAAGCAGGAGAGCGGCGGGCGGCCAUGUCCUCUGAUGCUGCGUAUCGAGGAGGAAGCUGGGAAGAGGGGCACGUGGGGAGGAUGGGCAGCUCUUCUCUGGGACAAGGUUCAGCCAAGUCCUCCACAGACUUUGGGUACAGCUCCCUGCAGGACGUCUCCUCCGGCCGGGGCUACGGCUUAAAUUACAGCGGUGGAGGUGGGAGCAGAGAGAGGCCAUACUCUGAGCUUUCCCACCGCGGUGGGCUCGGCAUGGGCCCGUCUGAGCCUGUCUUUAUGCAGAGGAGGAUGGGCUCCCCGUCAAACGGAAAAGUCCAAGACUUCUUGGGAGUCAUGCCCCCCAUGUUCCCCCACGUGUGCUCUCUUUGUGACUUUGACGUUCAUUCCACCAUGGAGUGGAAUCAACAUGUUAAUGGACUCCGCCAUGCUGAAAACAGACGGCAGCUUCUUGAAAUGUAUCCUGAGUGGGAACCCGGUAUGGGCUCAGGUAGAGGUGGAGGUCUCUCAGAGACCCCCAACCUGUCUGCAGGGCUGCUGGGUCCCGCCCCCAUGUCUUCGGGACCAAUGGGAGGGAUGUCCUCGAGCUGGGGUGGUGGUGGAGGUCCUGGACAGCUGGGUCUGAAUAAGCUGAGGAGCAGGGUGGUGGUGGUGAAAUACGACAGGAAGCCUCUCAGCAACAAGACCCUGUUCGCCUUUGCCGAGCGCUUCGGCUGCCUGAGGGAGCACCUCAUCCUCAAGAACAAGGCUUUUCUGGAGAUGAGCACUCAUGAAGAAGCUCUGGACGUGGUGAACUACUACAAACAGCACCCGGCAUCUCUGUACGGCAAACCCAUCUCCUUCUACCUGUCCCAGACCCUCAUGUUCAUCGAGAAAGACGAGCGAUCGAUGGACCGACCGAUGGAUCGACUGAUGGACAGACCUGUGAGGGAGGUCAAAGGUCAAGCCAGCAAGGUGGUUUUUUUCUCCAACCUGCCCCGCGAGGAUGAAAAGAAGAAGGAGCUGCUGACCAUUGCUGAGCGCUUCGGCGUUGUGGAGAAACACCUCUUCUUAACAGACCAGGCAUUUAUCCAGCUGGGAACUGCAGAGGACGCUGAGAUGCUGGUGAAGUAUUACACUGUGAACUCCCUCACCAUCCGAGGAAGACGGAUCCGCCUCAAUGUCUGCACCAAGUACAAAACCCUCAAUGUGAACGCAAGGAAGGGCGGAGGAGACGCUUCCAGCAGGAAGAGCGGCAAAGCCAACUCCACCUCCUCCGGCACCGGAACCAGGACCUCCUCCAAAACCACCUCAUCCAAAUCAUCCACCAGGUCCAAAGAAGACAAGAAGAGGGAGGAGAAGGAGGAGGAGAAGAAGAAGGAGGAGGAAGAGAAGGAGGAGAAGAAAGUGAAGGCAGAGCCAGAGGAGGAGGAAGAGGAGGAGGAGAAGGAAGUCUCAGGAGUGAUGGAAGGAGGGGAGGAUGGGGAGGAGGAAGAGGAGCAGGCAGCAACUGAUGGUGAGGGGGAGGAGCCAGAGGGAGCAGAGUCUGUGAAGGAGACGGUAGAGGAGUCUGAGGAUGCUCGACAGGAGGAGGAGGAGGAGAAGAAAGAGGAGGAGAAGGUUACUGAUGAUGUCACCGAUGACACACCUGGAGACACGGGUGAGGUCAAGCAGGAGGCGGAGUCAGAGCCACAAACAGAAGCGACAGAAACAGAAACUUCGGCCGAGGAGCAUGAGAGCAAAGAGGAGGCGAACAUGGAGGCGGCAGAGAGCUCAGAGGCGCCUGAGGCAGUGGAGGGAGAUCUACCCGAAGAAGAGCAGGACUUCCCAGAGAACAUGGAGGACUUUGUGACGCUGGACGAGCUGGAGGAAGACAACGAUGAAGCCCACGGAGAGUCGGACGACAUCGACAACACGAGGCGAGGGGGUAUGAGGGUGGUGAACAUCGUCGGUUUCAGGCGAGGGUACCAGUACCUCAACGAGCUGCUGAGACUCGCCCAGCCUUUCGGGAAGGUGGUCAAACACCUGGUGCUGGACCUGAGACCUGAGGCGUUCCUUCAGUUCGCCACAGAAGAAGAAGCACGGGCGAUGGCCAGCUUCUACAACGGGAACAUCACGGCGUCGGUGUGCGGGCGGCCGGUGAGGAUCAGUCACUCCAUGAGCUACCCCACCAUCCAGUCCGGUUCCAGCAAGGUGGUGUACAUCGGUCAGCUCCCCAACAGCAAAUACACAGACGAGGAAAUCCUGAAGUUCGCCGAGCCGUUUGGGAAGGUCAAAAAGUACUUCCUAAACAGGAUCCGGAGAGAGUGUUUCCUCGAGAUGUACAAUGCCGAGGACGCCGAGAAGAUGGCUGCCGAUUAUAAAGCGAAGCCGCCAAAGUUAAACGGGAAGCGCCUGACCAUCUACGUGAGCAGGAAGUACAAGCAACUGAAACACGGCCAUCGAACGCCAAGCACCGUGAAGAGAGCGAGUGACGACUCGCCACAAAAGUUCUCGAAAGAUGCCGAGGAGCCACCGGCCAAGAAACCUAAAGAGGAGGCCCAACCAGAGGUGGAGGAGGAGAAAAAGGAGGAUGAGGAGAAUCAGAAGGAGGAGGAGAAGCAGCAGGAGGAGGAAAUGGAGACCCCUGAUGUGAGCGAAGAGACGGCGAUGGAAGAAAAGUCGGCCGCGGAGAAGGUUCCUGAAGUUUCUGCUGAGAGGAGCAGCGAGGAUGAGAAACGGGAGGAGCUGGUGGAGCAGAUGGAGACAUCGACCAAUCAGAGCGGGGAGACCGAGGCUCCUCCUCCUGCUGAGAGCAAACCCAGCGUGGCGUCUAUGCCGCUGCCACCGUACGACCCCAACACGCCCAUCGGUGUCGAACAUGUGAAAGCGGGGUUUUACUGCCGCAUCUGUUUCCUGUUUUACUCCAACGAAGACACAGCGAAGAAGACGCACUGCAGCAGCCAGGCGCACUACGACAAGCUCCAGAAAUACCUGGAGAAGGAGCAGAGCAAAGCGGAGAAGAAGGUGAAGACGACAACGCCGUGAGAACACCCGAAACUGAGGAAGAAGUGUGAAUGUUGGACUUUUUUU